UUUCUCUUAUCCUUCUUUUUUUUUUUUUAUUUCUUUACACCAUUUUAUAUAAUGUCAAAUUCUAUCAGUCUUGCCAAUUGUUCCAAAAAAAGAGUUUCCUAUUUUUACGAUCACGAUGUUGGUAACUUCAACUAUGGACCUGGUCAUUAUAUGAAACCAAAACGUAUGCACAUGGUACAUAAUAUGGUUGUGAAUUAUGGUCUUUAUAAGAAGUUGGAUAUUGUGAAACCUGAUAGAACAACAGCCUACCAAAUGACACGAUUCCAUUCCGAUGAAUACAUUAAUUUUUUACAAAGUGUGACUCCAGAUAACUUGGAAGCAUUAGCAAUGCAACAUGGUGGUUUAGAACAAGGCAUUGCUCGUUUCAACGUAGGAGAAGAUUGUCCAGUGUUUGAAGGUCUAUUUGAAUUUUGUUCUAUUUCAGCAGGUGGAUCAAUAGGCGCCGCCAAUAAACUUUUGAAUGGUGAAGCUGAUAUUGCUAUCAAUUGGGCGGGUGGAUUACAUCAUGCAAAGAAAACUGAAGCAUCUGGUUUUUGUUAUGUUAACGAUAUCGUUUUGGGUAUUCUUGAAUUAUUACGGUACCAUCAACGAGUUUUAUAUGUGGAUAUUGAUGUUCAUCAUGGGGAUGGCGUGGAGGAAGCCUUUUAUACAACAGAUCGGGUCAUGACAUGCUCUUUCCACAAAUUUGGUGAGUUUUUCCCUGGCACUGGCGAUAUCAAGGAUACUGGUUUAGGGAAAGGAAAACGAUAUGCUGUGAAUGUACCGUUACGAGAUGGAAUAGAUGAUGAAGCUUACAAAAGCGUCUUCAAACCAAUCAUACAACGAAUUAUGGAUUGGUAUCGACCGGGAGCUAUUGUAUUGCAACUUGGAGGGGAUUCACUUGCUGGUGAUCGACUUGGAUGCUUCAACUUAUCUAUGAGAGGUCAUGCAUCUUGUGUCGAAUUUAUCAAGUCAUUCAAUAUACCAAUGAUCAUGGUGGGAGGUGGUGGUUAUACUAUCCGGAAUGUAGCUAGGACAUGGACAUUUGAAACUGGACUUGCUGUGGGGGAAGACCUGACCCAAUGUGAAUUACCAUACAACAACUACUUUGAAUAUUUUGGUCCUGAAUACAAACUUGAUGUACCUUCCAAUAAUAUGGUGAAUCACAAUACACGCGAAUAUCUUGAAAGAACAAUAGCUAAGAUCAUCGACAAUCUUCGACAUAUGCCAUUUGCCCCAUCAGUAGGAAUGCAAGAAGUACCAAGGGAUUUCAAGGCGGAUGACUAUAUUGAUGGUGAAGACAGUGAAUAUGAUGAAUCUGAUUUCCGGGCGACUCACAAACGAAAGCUUCAAACAAUGGGCGUCCUGUAGAUGGUUAAUCAAGAUACAAAGAUAAGCAGAGUAGAUUAUUGGUUUAUCUUUACUGAUUUUCUUUAUAUAUUCGUACACUCGUCUCUUUUUUUUUUUU